AUGGCAACUGACGUCAUCGCUUCGGUCGCUACAUUUUUACUGGUUUGUAGUCGUUUGGAAACAGGAUGCGCUCAAGAUGGCGAAGGCGCACAUGGAGGCAAUAUUUAUUACUAUUACACGCUUGAGAAUUGGAAUUUCGACGAUGCACAGACACACUGCCAAAGUUAUACCAAUGGUGGAUUAGCGGAGCUUUCUACUGCAGAUAUCAAAACAUUCGUAAUUAACCUGAUAACUGGCAGCCAUAAUAUGUGGAUUGGGUCUAAAAGGCUGUCUAAUACAUUUACAUGGAUCCAUUCAUUUACCGAUACACCCGAUUCAAGUGUUAUAGGCGGUGGAAAUGGUAAAGAUUGUGUAUACUACAGGAACUCGGGACAGUGGAAGGCCGCCCGAUGCACCGACAAAUACGGAGCAAUCUGCUCAAGACCUGACAACGUAACCAGUUCAGCGCCAGGCACUGACGUCACGGGUAAAUCUAGGCUGCUCAGAUAUCUUCAUCGAAUGCGACGAAAAACAGUACAUGGACCAUUGAAAAGGUCUACAACUGUACCGACCUUCUUCACAAAUCCUACAAGAAAAUCGAUUGGUAUUAGUACACCAUGCAGCGGACAGUGUGAGAACCCACAGGUACCUGCUACGACAGAUCGCCUAUCUGAUGUCUCUCCUAGAAGCACUUCGGUCCCAGUCGUAACGGACUCACCACCUGAAGUAGAAGGCAACGUGUCCCAUGUAGUAGACCUGACUCUGGAUACUUCAUACUUCAAAUCACCGGUGUUUGUGACCGGUCUGGAGAAAUGGCUCGCAUCGAAUGACGAGAUACCGGAUGAUCUAAACGAAGAACAGAAGUUGGAAUAUGCUAAGGAGUUCUUCGAUGUCUGUAACAACGUGUUUGAGGUUGAUCUGUUAGCUCUAGGAGAGACGGAUGCAGCAUCUAUCUUUGCAGACGCCUGCAGUCAUCUAGCUCAAGAUUUGACCUCUGACCUGAACAUCGGUGAAUCAGUGAACAUCUCUACGGCUCAUGUCGAUGUGUAUGCCUCGGUACAAAAAGGCAGUAAUUUCACUGGCUACGUGCAGGUGAUUGAAGACAACGACGAUGUCAAUGACAGCGACGAUGAGUCCGAUGCCGUCCAGGUGGUCAUCAUCCCUCCCGAUGGCGUCAGUGGCCUUCAUCUUACAGAGGAAGAUACCAUAGGAGUCUCAGUGGUGGUAUAUAAACGAGGACACUUCAUUGUAGACCAUCACAAUCAGUCAACUGACACGUCACAUCGGCCAGCUGGACCUGUAGUCUCAAUAACAGUUGCAGUUAAUGAUAAUGUGACAUCAGUCCCUGUCGAAUUCAUUCUCGAGAAUCAUAUUUCUCAUCUUCUGCCAGCUGAUCAGUCAGAUUAUGAAUUGGGAAAUGUCUCCUGUAACUUCUGGGAUUCAACGGUCGAAGGGGAAGGAGAAUGGAACGACUACGGAUGUGAGGUUGUGAACGCAACGAGGGGAUUCACGCAAUGCGCCUGCAACCAUACCACACAUUUUGGAGUGCUGCUGCAAGUCUGGCCUGUGGAGACCUCUGCGAAGGAUGAGCUUGCACUUAACCUUAUUACGUAUAUAGGUUCUGGAAUCUCAAUUGCGUGUCUUCUUCUAACCAUUCUCAUACUCAAUAUGCUCACCUCGCUGAAGUCUGAUCGAGUGAAAAUUCAUAAGAAUCUAGUCACUGCCCUCACCAUUGCUCAAGGUUUGUUCCUGUCUCUAGAUGCUGCCAGCAGACAUAAGAUAAGCUGCAAGGCCAUUGCGAUCUGUCUUCAUUAUUUCUACCUAAGUGUCUUUUGCUGGAGUCUUUUGGAAGGCGUAAACCUCUACAUUCAAAUUGUGCAGGUGUUCUCCACGGGAAAGUCUCUGAAAUAUAGGCACUAUCUUCUCCUAGGAUGGGGUACCCCUAUACCUAUCGUUGUUAUCAGUGCCUGGACAAAGUGGAAAAUAUACGGUGUCGAAGGACAGUGCUGGCUAACUAUUCAGGACGGUCUCAUAUGGUCCUUUGCUGCCCCCGUUAUCGUGGUUAUAAGUGUCAAUUUGAUUGUUCUCAUCAUGGUAGUUCGGGUCAUCGUUAAGUCUGCUUCGGUACACAAGAAAGAUAAUUAUGAUCACAUAAAAGCUGGGGUAAAAGGAGCUCUUAUCUUGGUCCCAAUACUUGGUCUAGGAUGGGUAUUUGGUUUCCUCUCACUCGGCAGGGCUACCCUCAUCUUCACCUACCUCUUCGUUAUUAUAGUUGCUCUUCAGGGUGUUCUCAUCUUUCUACUCUAUUGUGCAUUCAACUCAGAGGUACGCGCUGCCCUGAGGAGAAAAGACGAGAAAAGAAAAUUGCGGAGAGGUGACGGGUUGAGUUCGGUGCCUACGCCCUCAUCGGGCAACUCGACACAGUCUAAUGAUACAUCAACCACGUUUGCUUCGAAGCUAAUUGAUAAAAUCAAAAGACGGAGGUCAUCGACCACGGCAGCAAGGAACACGCCCAUCGACAAAAUCGAGCUCAUGGAUCGUAGCGAUUCACCUUACAGCACUAGAGAAGUCGUUUUACACUCCAGAAAGACUGGUAGUAUAGAUUCUGGUUACAGUCAGAACCUUGUACAUACACCAAACUACAUUCCUGCAGACAGUACCGUGUCCAUUCGAACUGAAGUGGUAGCCGACGAGUUUAUUCCACCGAACACACCUACCUAUGAUCAUCCCACCAUGCGCAUUGAAUGAUUGUGACGUCAUACCAUGGACCUCCUUCAUAAAUUGGUGUGGGGGUCAUAAAUAUGUCUGAAAGCUAUACACAUGGCUUUACGAACGAGUCUAGCUUGCUCUUGCGUGCCAAGUCAGAAUCAAAUAAAAUUUCUCUUGCGUGAUAAGUCAAAUAUUAGUGGGAAGGGGUACGAUUUCAGCGCCAACCGGACGACUGUAAAAUAAGAAAGUUGUGAUAUUUUCUAAAGUUUCGUUUAAUUUUCACAUCCUGGUCGGUAUGCAUAUAAUGGAACCGAUGCACAGUGGGCCGGGGCGAAACAAAAGUGCGCCAAAAGUCAUUUUGGGCAAUUUCAGAUUUUUAAUUUUUGUCAUGCCCAGCUGAGAGAUAACACUUUGAAGAAUACUUCAGCAAAAUAUUUCAUUCCGGAAUUUGCAUAAAGGUGGUUAAUUUCCUACCUCAAAUCGUAAAAUGUGACAUUUUGCGAAAUGUCGCGUAUAUGACAACCUAGUUGAAAAACAGGCCAUUUCACAGGAGGUUUUUCAUGUAGGAAUCUGAAAUGACUCCCACAUAAUCCUGAUAUAUUCUUUUUUCGUGUGAAAGGGUUCAAAGUAGAUAAAAGACACCUUUCAGGAGGUUUAUAGGAUGAUUAUUCCCUCGAAAUAGGCUGAAAAUCCAUGUUUUUUGCAUUUACAUUAGAAACGUUUAGAUUUCCGUGGAUUUCCGUCUAAAUUCUAUAAGCAUCAUUUUCUCCGAUGUCUCAGCUUUAAGUCGAUAUCAUAUUUAGCUGCCCGUUUUUGCCCGUUUUCAUGUUAGAGCCGAUUUUACUUGACACAACACCCC